AAUAAUAAUAAGGGAGAAAUGUGAGAUUCACAUAUAAAUCAAGUAUAAAAAUUAAAAAAAAAAACUACCUUGUAACAAUCUCUUAGAGGUGGGAGAAUAAAUAAUUCAUCUGCCUGUCUGGUAGCCAGCCUCCAAGAUGGCCCUUAACAAUUCCAUUAUAUUUUUAUUUAUUUAUAUAAUGUUUACAAUGUAAACAUACUACUUAUAAAUAUUAUAAUUAAUAUAUGUGUGUGUUCCCCAUACUUUUUUCUACAAAAAUGAGAAGAUAUUAUAUACACUUGUUUCAUUUAUAUACAAAAGCAUAUGUAUCUACCUCAUCCUUUUUAAUGGCUGCAUAAUAUUCCAUUAGAGAUGCAUCAUAAUUUAUUUGUUUCCUGUUUAAGUUACUUCUUCUCUUUCACUAUUAUAAUUAUGUGGUGAAAAAUCUUGUACAUUAGUCUUUGUGAUUUUAUUAGAUAAAUUCCUGGGAGGGGAAAUGCUAAGUCAAAGGCUAUGUGCAUUUUACAUUUCCAUAAGCACCCCUAAAUUGCACUCCAAAAGUUUGUUAUUAUUUAUGUUCCACCCAGCAGCAUGUAGAAGGCCUCUUUUGCACAUCUUUCCUAAUACAUUUCAUAAUCAUUUUUUUGUCAGUCUAAGAGAUGAAAAUGUUAUCUUAUUGUUGAUUUAAUUUUCAUUUUCUUAUUAUAAGGUUGAUCGGUUGAUGAAUAUAUGUUUCUUCUAGAAAAUUACCUGAAAACAAGGAAAACAAGAAUUGAAAACUACAUCUUAGAUGAAAUUAGAAAACAGCUAUAACCCAGAAUUAUGGUACAUGAAAAUGAAAAGUACUUAGAAGAAAUGUAAGUGCUCUGGCUCAGAAAAUGUAGCCACAUUCACAAGGUUCCAGGGUUCCUUUAGGGAUUUAGUGAUGCCAUCAAACAUCUAAGCACUGUCUAUUCUUCUCCAUCUUCCUCAGAUGCUGAUGUUUUAUCCUCUGACCUGUCACCUCAGGGUCACAUGAUGGCUGCCCUAGAUGUAAGCAUUAUCUCCACACUUCUUAUUCAAAGGCAGGAAGCAAUGGUGUCAUAGGUUGUAAAGCUAUAAGGAAGUGAUCAUAUCCUGUCUCUUUUAUCAGAAAACAAACUCUUUCCCAAAAGCCCCCCAGCAAAUUUCCUCAUAUAUCUUAAUCAGAACUGGGUCCACAUGUCCAUCCUUAGAUGCAAAGUAGUCUAGAAAAUGGGGACCUAGCAAAGAUAUCAAUUGUUUUAACAAGUAUUGUUGAUUAAUAAACCACCCCCAGAGUAAAUAGCUUAAGAUGCAAUUAUAAUAUUUUAUUUUUUUCAUUGUUUGGGUGAUUGACUGGGGUCAACUAGGCAGUUUUGUUUGGGAUUUGUCUGCAGUUGCAGUCAUAAUGCUGGUGCUGGAAUCAUGAGAAGAUUAACUCAUCCACAUAUCUGGUACCUGGGUUGAGAGGAUAAUCAGCUGGGGCUGGAGCACCUGGGGCUCCUUAGCAUCUCAUUCUAUUUCUAUGUUACCUCUCCUCAUGAUCUGUUCUGGACUUCCAACAUGACUAUUCAUGAAUUCAAGGGCACAUGUCCUAAGAAAAAGAGCUAGGCAGAAGCCAGAUUGCCUUUUUGAUAUAACAUCAAAAGUCACACAUUACUUACUCCAUCUUCUAUUUUUCAGUAGCCUGACCAGUUUCAAGAGGAAAGGAAAGCAACUCUCUCUCUUAAUAGUAGAGUGAUAAGUUUCAGGAAAAGCUAGAAAUGUCAGACUAGAAAUAUUGUUGUAUUUUUGUAAAAUAUAAUAUCCAUCAGUUGGCUAUUACCAAUCAUGAUUCAUCCAGAGGAACUAGGCAUACGGUAGCCCUGAGUAAAGUUAGGCUCAUCAUACAUUGCUGGCUGGAAUGUAAAAUGGUGCAGACAUUUGUGGAAAACAGUUCAGUGGUUCCUCAAGAAGUUGAACAUAGAACAUAUGACCCAGAAACUCCACUCCUACAUAGAUACCCAACAGAACUGAAAACAGGUGUGCAAACUAACCUUGUACAGGAAUGUUCAUAGCAGCAUUAUUCAUAAUAGCUCAAAAAUUAAAACAACUCAAAUGUCCAUUAGCUGAUGAACAGAUAAACAAAAUGUAGUGUGUCAAUACAGUAGAAUAUUAUUCAGUCACAAAAAUGAAUGAAGUACUGAUACAUUCUACAACACAAAUGAACCUUGAAAACAUUAUGCUAAGUGCAAGAGGCCAGAUACAAAAGGCCACAUAUUGUAUGAUUCCCUUUUAUAUUAAGUGUUUAGAAUAGGAAAUUCCAUAGACAUAGAAAGCAGAUUAGUGAUUGUCAGGGACUGGGGAGAGGAUGAAAUGCUUAAUGGGUGUAGGGUUUAUUUUGGGGGUGAUGAAAAUGUUUUGGAAUUAGCGGUGAUGGCUUCACAGUACAUUCAUAGUUGUGAAUGUACUAAAAGCCAUUGAAUUGUACAUUUAAAAAUGGUUAAAUGGUGAAUUUCUGUAAUGUGAAUUUUACCUUAAUUUUUUUUUAAUUAGGGUUCAGUUAGCUAGGAAGAAGUGGAGAAUUAUUAGUUGACAGCCAAUUUCCUGUUUUAUGUGGAAGAGAAACCCUAUUGUGCUGAGAAAGUCUUUAUUCCUCUUUCUUUUUUUUAACUUUUUUUGUCUUGGUGUAUAAUUCUAGGUUGAUAUUUUUUUUCUUCCAGAACUUUGAAGAUGUCACUCCACUGUCUUCUAGUUUACUUAGUUUUUGAUAAGAAGUCUGCAAUCUUCUUAUGUUUGUUUAUUAAUAUUUUUUUUAAUCAAGCUGCCUUCAAGAUCUUCUCUUUGUCUUUAGUUCUUAGAAGUUCACUUAUGAUAUGUCUGGGUAUGUUUUUAGAUGUUUAUUUUUCUUAGUAUUCUCUAAUCUUCUUGGAUUUGUAGCCUGGUAUUGGUUACUAAUUUGAAAUUUUCUUGCCAUUAUUUCUUCAAAUAUUUCUUCUUUCCCAAUCUCUUCUUCUGUCUCUCUCUUCUUCUGGGAUGCCAGUUGCAUGUGUUGGAUUAUUUGAUAUUGUCCUACAGCUCCAAUCUGUUGUGAGAUUUUUUUUCCCCACAUUUUCCUUUAUGUUUUAGUUUGGAUAAUUUCUUUUGAAUUGUCUUUAGGUUCACUGACUCUUUCCUCCUCUGUGUCAACACUACUGAUGAGCCAAACAAAAUAAAUCUUUAUGUUACCAUGUUUUUAUUUCUUAGUUUCCAUCUCUGCUGAAAUCACCCAUCUUAUCAUGAAGGCUGUUCACCUUUUCUACUAGACCCUUUUACCUAAUCAUAGUUCUUCUAAUUUCCCUGUCUGAUAAGUCCAAUAUCUGUAUCAUGUCUGAGUCUGGUUCUGUUAAUUGCUUUGUCUCUUAGUAGUGUGUCAUUUUUCUCUUCCCUUUUUGUAUGCCUAGGAAUAACACUUUGUUGAAAGUGGGACAUCUAAUGUAAGGAAGUAAAGACUGAGGUAAAUAGCCUUAAUGCCUGGAAAUGGGCACACUUCUCCUUCUGCUAGGAUUUUAGAGCUAGGGAUUGAGUCAAUCUACUCAGGAGCUGACUUAUGUUUGGGUUGUGUUUUGCUGUGAAUAUUGUCAAUGCCCAUCAGGCUUCAAGUUUCUCUAACAUUACCUGUGUUUAUGGUUGACGUUGGUUUGUCAGACGUUUCAUCAGUGUCUGCUCCACCCUCAGCUUUACAUCUUCCCUUGUGCCUGCUCCUCAGAAAGUGUCAUCCUCCAUGCUUUUGAUGCUAUUUCAGCACUAAACUGCUGUUACUUAUUGGUCAAUGCUUAUUAGCCUCCUUGGUGGUGGGAGGGGUGGGGGAAGUGUUCUCAGAUAUUUUCUGAUUCAGCAUCAGUAUUAGAUAGGCACUGUAGCCCAGUUUGAGUCUUAGGGGUACGGCCUUCUCCGUGAUCCUGCCCCACCUUCUGCUGCAAGAUCUCUAAUAGUCUUGAUCUACAGAGGUAGAAGUUUUUUUUUUCUCUUUUCCCUUUCUCCAGCUGUAGUGGGUCUUCACUAAUACAUGACUUACUGUUAAAUGACAGAACUUACUACAACCAGCAAUUUAAGGCUUUUGUUAUCUAGGGAAGAUGGGGGAAGGAUCUGGAUAGGGCUUGGUACCUCUCCCUACAUGGCAGAUCUUCCUUUCCCCAGAUUUGUAUUAAAGGGAGACUUUCUCAUGACUCACAUGCUGUCCCUAAUCUUUCUUGUGAACACAUGGUAAGGUCCAUGGAGAAGAGCCUGCAAGUGAGUGUGAAUUACUCUUGUACUGUGGCCUUCUACAAUUUCUGUAUUCUCAUGCUGGCUUGCAUUUGGCCUUUAGCAAUUCCUUAAAAUUUAUACCUGAAUUUUACCAACUUGAUGGUGUCCAGGUGAGGACUCAGCCCCGAAUAAGCAAGUGCACUUGUGCAAACCCCCUUGGAGCCACCAUGCUGUCUUUUCUUAGAUUAAGAUUAAUUGUGUUUCGUUGGAAGCUCAGCUCUCUGAUAAAUUCAAAAAAGUUGCAGAUUUGCAGAUAGUUUUGUGAUUUUUUGUUGUAGUAGUAAAAGCAGUGCUAUUUCCAGCUUUCCUUUGUGCUAAAAUCCAAAAGCCCCUGAGAAGCCCUAUUUUGUAGUUAAAUCUGUCACAUAUACUUGAAUGCAAUUCUUAGCUAGUACAGGCACCAACUUCACUCAUUUAUUUUAAAAAAAUAAAUUUCAAGUGCAGCAAAGUUGCAAGCAUAAAAAAUGAAACCAUGAGUACCAGAAGAAUCAGGGAGAACUUUCUUAGAACUUCAGAAAGGGAAAAACCUUUAAAAUUUUUCUUAAAACAUAGAAGCCAUAAAAUAAAAACUAAUGAGACUAAUAAUAAGACUAAUAGAUUCAACUACAUAAAAUGCAAAAUUUUCUAUAUGGCAAGAAAUCAUCAUAAACAACAAACAGAAAAAAUUAUUUGCAAUACAUAUAUACAAAGGACUAAUUUUCUUAAUAUUAAAAGGCAUUUAUAGAUAAAUAGAUCAAAGAAUAGGAACAUAUAUUUAACAGAAAAGGAAAUAAGCAUGCAAAAAAUAAGUAGUCAACCUUAAAACAAAUUUGUAAAAUGCAAGAUACAAUUGAUCACUUCUGAGGUUGAUGGAGAUAAAAAAUUUUGAUAAUAUUGAAUUGACAAGUGUGGCAACAGGCACCCUUACACAGUUUUGGUGAGAGUGUAAAUUUAUAUAAUUGGGGCAAAUAGGCAAUGUCACAUUUAAAAUACACUCUUUCAUCCAUCAAUUCGACUCUUAGAAAUUUCUCCUACAUAUAUACUUAUACCUGUGUGCAAGGACUUGUAUACAUAAGGUUCAUGUCAGCAUUAUUAUUCAGAGCAAAACACUGUAAAUAACUAAAUAUCCAUGAAUAUAGAAUUGAAGAUAAGUCAUGUUGUAGUUCUAUCAAAGACUGACAACCAUCAAAGAAAAUUACAUAUACAAUAUAUAUUUAUAUCGUUGAAUAAAACAAGGGGAAAACAGUGUCUAUCAUAUGUUCCAGUUGUGAAGAAAAAUAUAUCAGUUUAUUUUAUUAUGUAUUUAUAUAUCAAUACAUAUGCUUCCUAUGCUAAAUUAAUUCUGAAAGAUAUGUGGAGCAGAAAUUCUGAGAAAUACUGUGGAGAAAGUAAAAGUGCCUAUAGCCAGGAUUCUCACCUGACCCUGGUCAGCUUGCUGACUACACACAUGUGGGCUAUAUGUUAUUAUUGACUCUAGAUAAAGAGGUCUGCCCAGUGCACUGGGCUGCAAGGCUGCAGGAGAGCAGAGACUGGAGUGGUGGCCGUGCUAAGGACAGAGACUGAGAUGACUGCAGGGGCAAAGAGGCUCAGAGGCAGAGACCAGCUUGAUGCAUGCAGACUUGCUCUAAGGUGGAAGGUAUUCUGUGCUUGACCUGCCACCAUGGGAAUAAAGUUGGGUAUAAACCCUUUCACCCCAAAACGUUCUAUUGUCAUUUUUUGGUCUCACUGAAUCCAAAGUGAACUUGCCCCAGGCUGAAACUCACUGGGAAGACAGAUACACAAGUAAGGGAAAAGCAGAGACAAGGGUGGGAAAGACAUAGCACACACCUUUUUUGCCUUUUGAAUUUUGUAUAUGUGCUUGUAUGCCUACUUUUUAAGAAGGCAAUUAAUUAUAAUUAUUGAAAUAAGUAAAUGCCUCCAUCAAGAGACCUUAUCCAGUCUUUCCCCACACUCCUAUCCAGUCCACCCAUAUGCACCUUUGCUAGAAAUAGACUGCAUUUCUUCUUUCUCUUUUUCUUUUUUUUUAUUAAGGUAUUAUUGAUAUACACUCUGAUGAAGAUUUCACAUGAAAAAACAAUGUGGUUACUAUAUUUACCCAUAUUAUCAAGUCCCCACCCACACCCCAAUGCAGUCACUGUCAAUCUAGACUGCAUUUCUUAACUGCCAAAUGCACUCCAUGACCUAUUCCUCAGUGUUCUGCAUUUGUGUGUUGUAAAGUUUCUCCCCCACCUAGAGCAUGCUCCUCUUCCCUACAUCCUGUACUUUUAGAUCCAACUCCAGCGUCACUCUACCCAGGACCCCUCUCUGACCACCCUGAUCCUCACUAUGCUUUCUCUUCUCUGAAAGGGGAUGUUUGUGACGUGGGCCUCACAAAUAAGCAUAUAAUUCUAUUUGUUCUAGAUUGUUGACUCUUGCUUCGCGUAAAUUAGUCCUAACUUAGGAACAAGAUACUUAAGUCUCUCAACAGCAGGAAAACAGCACAACUGAAUUGUCUUUGUACCCUUGACACUGCCCAGCUUAGGGAUGAGCAUAGACUGAGGUUUCACCGUUCCAGCAGCAUAUAGGACUGGAUGCUAAAGGACCAAAAUAGUCUCCUCAGAGAUUAUUGAACCCAAGCAUUUUUUGGCUGCUAGAGCACUGCUACCAAGACACGCUUCUCUCAAGAAAACCUGGGAUAUUAUGUCACAAUAUCCUCAGAGGGGAAGCAAGUAAUAUGAUAUCUAAACCAAUAGUCAAGGAGUAGGAGUGAUGGGUCUGAGGCCUAAUUGGAAAGUACCUGUACUGCUUUAAAGUUACCAAAAUCCAUGUUAAAACCCAAAAUUCCUCAGGUAAGCAUGUACAUGCAGAGGAAAUAAGCAGGUCCAUGAGUGGCAAUUAGUUUAUGAUCAUUAGUUGGAAGUGGCCACUCAUCUCUACAGGAAGUCAUCUUCCUGAGCAAGCAGAAUGCUAUCACAUGGGUAGAGCAGCUGUGAAACACAAAACUCUGAAUAGUGCUGCAGAAAUGAGCCAAAUUCCUGUGUCUCCAUGGAAAGCAGUGCUCACAACCUCUUCCCACCACACAGAAUGGAGACUUCCCAUAUUUCACAGACUUAAAUCUAAAGAUAUUGCCACUUUGGCCUUUCCCUGCCUCAUCAACCAGGGUUCCCUUCACACACCUCUAAUUUUCCAUCACCCAUUGCCUGUAACAUUAAAGCGCUCCAUUUCCAAGCCAUCGUCAGACUCUGCCCUCCCUAAGCUCCUGUGUGCUUCUCAGAUACACUUCUAGUACAUGUCAGAGAAUUGGUGGAGAGUCUUCUGUCCCAAUGACUCUUCCUCUAAAGGUUCCCUGUGUCCCUAAACACUCUGUUUUCUGGGGAUGAGUGACUAGACAGGGGUCCUGAAGGAGAGAAAUGAGCCGUCAGGCUGUUGUAUGGUGUGCAGAGAGAAAACAAAGUGGGACCAUAGACACUGCCUGUGAGUGGACACCUUUAGUCCCAGGCUCUGUAACUCUGACAAUCAGAUACCCUCACCUGCAGACUUAAUUACCACAUAAGCUUCCCUAAGACAGAUUAAGGUCUAUGAGCUGCCCCUGCCUGUGAAACAGAAGGGCUUUGUGAUGCAGUCUGGUGGCCUGGUUCCAUCAACUGUGAGGCAGAGAUGACAAGGCAUUGGGAGUCAUUACGCAUGAGGACACUGACCGCCCUCAUGCAGAGAUGGUUGGUCUCCUCAUGCUAAUGAGGCUUAGACCAUGUUGAGCCCUACUUUUGCUCUGUGGGAUGUUGGAUAUCCCUUAUAUACAACCUAUGGCUCCAUCUUCAUUAUUAUCCUAAUUAUCUGGCAAGUGAAAAGGAGUUACCAUGCAUUAAGGUUGGAACCUAAAAGGAGCUGCUGCCAGCAUUACUGAAAAGUCAAGCAAAGGAAUAGAGAUGCAGCAUCAAGGCUUAAGAGACUUCCCCAGGAGGAGGAUGAGAAGCCGUGGGAGCUGCUCUCUAUCAUGAAAAGCCAAAGCUGGCUUCCUCAGGAGGGAAGUGUGUGGAGUAUCCUGUGUACAGACACCAGCUGCCAAACCUGCGAUGGCAUGGCUCUGGAGAUUCAGCAUUUGCUGGACCAUCGCACGACUCCUUGUCUAGAUAUUUUGUCCAUGUCAAGAGUGUCUUUUGAGCAGAAUCUAGAGCAUUGUUCUGCUCACUCCAAAGAGCUUCCACUUCCAUCUCCAACACCCCCAGCAUCACAAUUCACAGAUCAGAAAUCCUUAACACAGCCAGCUGUCCAGUUAACCGAUACAAUCAACAUCCGUGAUGACUGGACUGAGCACCUCAAACUAAGGCAGGGAUUUCAAGUGCCAGAGGUGCCGUGGGGCCCAGACAUGAUGUCUUCUUCAAGCCUUCAGGAGCCUAGAAUUCUGAUGUACCAAGAGGAGUUGACACACAGCGACACCAACCUUGUACAGGAACAAGAGCAGCAGCCCUUGAUUUCCCAGGUGUCUCUGCUGACCCUGAACCAAGAAAUCACUACCUUGACACAUCCCAUAGCCUUGCUCAUGGCAGCUGCCCUCCCUGCCCAACUGCCGUUCCUCUGUCCUGGAGUCCUGAGAAUUCUUGAAGUUCAUGUGAAAAAAUGGAUGUAUUUCCAGAGGUGGGGGCUCCCCAGACGUGUGGAGGAGUCCCUGAGGUAGCUUAUGCCAAACCCACCAUUCUUUUAUGGACCUGAACAUAACCAACCAGUUUCUUUCCUCCAGAAUACUUCUAAGUUUGCUGUUGAGAAUUUGGGGGCCAUUUCCUACCAGACAUGGGGUUUGUAUGACGGCCAGCCCACCCAGGCCUUCUGGGUCUUGGAAUUGCCCAUUAUGGACCCGGAACAAAGACACACUACCUGCAAAUCCCAAACCAUGUGGCUUGGACAGCCUCUCCCUCUCCAGCCCUUAGAACACUUUAGUGGCCUCUACCCAUUUCCUGGUCAACAGGUUUAUGACUCGGUGGGCCGUUUGCAACAGAAAUACAGCCAGCUAUUCUGUGGCCUCCCUUCUCUACACAGUGAGUCCCUAGUUGACACUGUCUUGGGCUCUCAAGGCUUCUCCACAAACGGGAGCAUGUCCAGGUACCCCUUGAAUGAUCCUUUUCUCUUUAAGGGACUCUCCUUCCUCCCGUUGCUGCCUACAACUCCAUCCCAGUCAGCCCCACCGUCUUCCCCAUCUUCCCCAAGUUGGGUUGCUCCAUCUGACCAGCGAGCUCAGGUCAGUGUCGCAUUUCUGACUCUGGCCCAGUGUGAAGCCUUGGAGUAGCACCUGCUGCAGAGGCAGCUCCAGCAUCAGUGGGGUUUGCCAGCUGUCUUCCAGGGACCUCAGCACACGCAGAGCUCUGUGCAGUGUCAGCCUUGUGACAAAGCCCAGUCUCCUGAGAGAGUGAAAACAUCCCGGCCAGGAAAACCCAUGUCGGUCGUCACCAGGGAACUACUUUUCUUCCCAGAGAAUGCCCAGAGGCUGCUGGAACUCCACCUCCAGAGCCAGUCAAUCCACCCUCGCUGGGGCCUGCCCCAGAAGCACCGGGAGUCCACCCAGUUGCUCCUGUCCCUCACCGACCAGCAGACUCUGUCCUGGGGCAGCACAGCCUGAGCCAAUGUGAGUGUUCCCCAGCCUACGGCCCCAGAGGCCAUUAGGGCUGGUGACCCAUUCUCACCCAUCAUAGACCCACACUUGUUUGACCAGGCCAAGGCAAUACUGCAGAGCCAUAUCAACUCCAAAAGUGGGCAGAUUCAUCAGGGCAAGGUCCCUGCCUGUGUAUACAGCUCCUGGGAGUGCAUAAUUCCUGGGAGCCUGGAAGUGACUCCCCUCACCUGCAUCCCAGAAAGCAAGCCCCUGGAGCUACAGGCAGCAGCUGGCCCUGACCUCCAGCAGGCAGUUAUGCCCUGGAUGCCAACAGCGCCUGAGCAGCAGCAGGCCUCACCAGGUGUUGUCAGUGCACAUCCUAAGCUGCCCCGAACCCUGUCCAAGAGAGCCAUUGAGAAACUGGAGAUGACUUUACGACACAAGUAUCUGGCCUUCUUGUCAGGGCUGCCUGCUCUUUAUUCUGUGACUCUCUCUGGGGCCAUGGCACCGGUAGUCACUACCCAGGCUGGAAUCACAGAGAUGGUGCCUGGACCUGACAAAUUCCCAACAGAGCCACUGACUCGGAGGAUCUCCUCUGAUGAGCAGCAUCUACGUCCCGGGUCCGGCUUUCAGGAUGCCAGUGAGACUUGUGCAGACAUUGCAGAUGAGUUCCUGCCUGAAGUGGAGGCAGAAGGAAUGACUGAGAUGGUGCCUCCAGACAGCCAACCAGAGCCAACUCGAAACUACUCACUAAAGAAACCCCUCUUAGCCAAACUAAAUUUCCACCUGAGAAAGAAGAUCCUAGAGGUACAACUGGGAAUUCCCAUAAAGGCAAGGGAGUCCAGGGAACAAAGGGCAAUGAUCUCAGAGAACAUAUGCAGCCAGGAGUCUCCUGGAAGUCUAAACAACCAAGGAAAAGCAUUGCUCCAGGAACUCCCCAUCCCAGCAGACAUUCCUCAUGACCCGGGUCCAGAAUGGCUCCACCUCAAAGAGCAGCUGCCCACUGAGUUAAAGGCAGUGAAGCAGAACCAGAAGCAGCCAAGUUCCAGAGCAGUAUCUCAAGGUUCUGCCCACUGGGCCUCCAAAGUCUCACAACCCGGUGGAGACACAGCAGAGGCCCGGGUGCUUUGUGUUCAGCUGGAAGGCAGCAUGAACAGCCCCAGCCUGCGGGAGCCCUGGAAUCCUGAGCCCCAAAGCUCUGGCAAGAGCAAGGACUCGGCCCAAGUCUCCAUGCCGGCAGAAACGAGAGAGGGCCCAGGGAAACCCAACUCAGCAGGGGACCACAGAGAAAGGGAUGCAGGGUUUGUGCUCUCUGCAAUAAGAGAAAAAGGGCACCUUGCUGAAGCCCAGACGCCAGAAGGGAUGCUUGUGAACAGAACACCCCACAGCCUCCGGCAGCAGGGACAAGGCUUUCACCUUGAUGCUCCCUGUCAACACAGUCCCAGCAUCACCCUCAGCUUGAGCUCCCAGAGCUACCUCCGGGAGUCCCUAGGGGGGAAGGAAUCCAAGAAGAAUGGCCUGCCAGACAGUCAAACCAAGCUCAGUGUGACCCGCAAACCAGCAAGGAUUCCUGAGAAUGCCCGGCCUGUAGUGCCCCAGGUGUCACAGGGCCAGCCUCUCCUGGGCCAGCUCAUUCAGAGUAAGCCACUGCAGGGCCGAAAUUUGCAAGGUCGUGUUUUGCAGGGGCAGGUGAUGCCAGUCCAUACCCACAAGAGCCCCAGCCUCCCAGAAUCUGGCUUGAGAAGCAAGGUGAAAUCCUUUCUGAACCAUAUUAACCCCAAGACAAAAGGCCAAGGGCACAGGGAAUCCAAGUUCUUUACAGCUGAGAAAGUGGCCAACACUGGAAAAGAGAAUGUAGCAAAGAGCCUGGCUCCAGCCAAAAGUCCCACGGGGCGAACACAGACAGAGAAGCAAGACAGAGAGGGCGAGGCCCAGUCUCCCCCGACUGAGACAUGGGGCCUGGCCUUCGUGGGUGGCCCCCACCCCCCAGACAGCAAGCUCGGGCACCACUCCCAUCCACUCCACUCGGCCUCAGUCCUGGGCCACCCCCGCCACUGCCCUCAGCACUGUCCCCGAGUGGCUUGUGCCACCCAACAAAGGAAACCGCCCUAACUCUCAAGUCUCGCCUCAGAGGGAAACGCUGGUCUGCUUAAGACGACCCUGCUCAAGCGACGCUGUUGGCUCCCCAAUGUCCUCAGUCCUUGGAGAGGACCGUUACUGUCAUUUCAUUAUUGUGCGGGUGGGGCAGAGUGGCCCCCAAAAUACACUCUAUAUCUCUAAGCAGAGUUUCUGUCUGCUCCUUCCCUCCACUCUGGUGUGUUCAGGGAAGGCAUGGGAGAGGCUAAACCCAUCCUUCCUGUCUAGGGAAGCUUUAUCCCACAGUGCGGCUGGGGCAGCAUUCUGCACAACUCCUCCCCGUCCCACCCUGGAGAAGGAAGGCCCUUGUGGAAGGUGCACUGAAGGGGAAGGUCAAGCUUCGAUUCUGGCAUGACCUACCAUGGUGUCCUUGGGCCUAGAAGAGCACUGUGGACAUGAGCAAAUACUGACAGGAAUCCACAGGCAGAAUUCACUGAUGACUUCUGUAUACACCCCCAAUCUGGAGGGGACGUUUUUAGAGGAGUUCCACAGUACUCCAACCUUGAGGAGGUGCUUGUGUUUAUCAAAAGCACACAGCUAAUAAUAUGAUGGGAUAAAAAUCAGAACCAAAUGAUAGCAUCUCCCCUUUUCUGCUCCCUGUUGGUUACUGGUUGGGCCUUUCUGGAGCCCUCUGGGAGUCUGCUGUAGUUCUCUUGCCUAUUUCCAACCUCCACUGCCUAUCAGCUGCAUGGAGUGAGGGACUCCUGGAAUGAAGAUCACAGUAGGAUGUGGAGAGUGUCUUUUCCACCACUCCCAAGGGGCAGACUGGGAGAGAAGCAAGGAGGGGGAGCAUGAAGAUGGAGGUCUGAGUAGCUGGGACAGAAGCUGACACGUUCCUGAUCAGAGUGUGAUGAAGGAGCAAAGCCAAUUUGCUUUGUACUCAAAAGAGCCCAGAGCUAGGAAGCCAGCCAAGUUCCAAGUGCUUUUGGGGGAAGGAAAAUUUAAACUUUGUGAUAGGUCUCUUGCCAAGCAUGUGGAGAACAGUGAUUUGGCCGUUCUGUCCAAAGACACUGCAAAAUAAUUCAAACUCAGAAGACUCACCCUCUAUCCUACCAAACUGUUCCCCAUCAUCAGGGAAUGCUAUGGCAAUAAAUCCAUGCUUUUGGUCAGCCCAAACAUGAAGUCUAUCACUAGGUUCUAAUCUUGGUCUCUUGCAACUUUGUGCCCUAUUCCCGCUUUCUACUUCUUCCACUUGUAUUCAGUUUCUCAUCUGUUCUUGCUGAAUAAAAUCACAAUAUUAUGUCACAUCCCCAGGGCUUAAGACAGUGGCUGUUUAGUUAUACCUUAAUAGUACUUGAAUCCAAAGUCCAGGCUGGAAAUGCAGACCAGCUACAUUUAUGAUGAGUGCUAUAGAAUAGGGGCUCCUGCACAGGAGAAAGUACUCAGCUGAUGAAGAUCCUAGAAGGAUCACAGUAAGUGACCUUGAGAAAGGUCUUAACAUUCAACAAUUAAAAUAUUUGAGUAUUUACUAUCUGCAAAGUACUAUAGCAAAUACAAUGAACAAGAUGCAGGACUUGCACAGUGGAGCUCAUGUUCUCAUAGGAUAGACAGUCUUACAUGCCCAAAUUGUCUAACCAACAUACAUACUUCACUGUUCAAUUCAUCUCAAACUACAGAAAAAUGAACUUCCAAUUCUCCAUCCCCAAUCACACAUAAAUAACAAAACAUGCCCCAGUCAUAGUAUUCACCACAUCAGAAUGGAACUCCAUCUUUCCAUUUGUUUAGGACAAAAACUUUGGUAUCAUCCUUGGUAUUUUUUCCUAACAGUCCACAUCCAAUCCAUCAGUAAAACCUCUUGUCUCUACAUUCAAAAUGAAUCCAGAAC